AUGAAAAAGACCGAUUCAAGCAAUAAUGAGAAGAAACAAAAAAAAAAUAAUUCAAUUAACCAAGACAGUACAACCAAUUUGAAUCUUUCAAAGAAAAGAAUAAUAUUUAAUAACUUAAUUGUAGACAAUUUUAGAAGUAUAAAUGAUAUAAAUAAUUAUUUAAGAAACUCUUCAUUAAAUUCAAUUGAAACUCAAAAUAAAAAUGUGAUAAAUGAUAGCUAUGUUGAAAAUUAUCUCAAAGAUAAUAAAAAGAAAAAGUCUCAUAAUUACAAUUUUGAUAUAGAAUCGAUCGAAAAGAACCUAAUUACCGAGAGUUUAUUUAAUUAUGAUAGUAAUGAAAAUAUUUUUAAUAAUAAUAUUUCUGACAUUAUAAAGCACAGUAUUACAAAUAAUAAAAAUAUAAGUAAUGAUUUGAAAAGAGUAUUGAAAACAAAAGGAAAAUCUAUUCAAAAGGAGAGACGAAAAAAAAAACUUAAACACAUUACAUAUACAAAUAAUGAUACAAAUAAAAAAAAAGAAAAAAGUAUAAUAAGCAUAAUUAAAAAAAAAACGAAAAUUUCUAAUAUUUCCGAAAAUAUUUCAACAAUAGCUACAAUUUCUAAUAAUACAAAAAAAACUCACAAAAAACAAAAAAAAAUAUUUUUUCAAACUUCUAGUAAUAAUGAAGAUGAAUCUAAUAGUCAUAAAUAUGCAUUAGAUAAAAUAUAUGGAUCUUUGAAAAACAAUAAUAGUUCAAUAGAUCCUGUGAUAAAUAAUUUUUAUAUUGAGUGUGAUAAUAAUAAUAUAAUUUCAUCUGAUGAAUACUUAAAUUAUUAUAAACAUGGCUAUUAUAAACCACCUAGUGAUAUAUAUGAUAAUGAUAAUUAUAUUCAUAAUAAAUAUCAAAUUUCGAAUAUAUAUCCGAACACAAAAUAUAGCUACAAUAAUUUUAAUUCUAUUAUUAAAAAAAAAAAAAUCUCAAAAAAAACAAACAAAUUUGAUCAAUCAGAAAACGAUUGUAUAGGAUUUUUGUGUGAUGAAGAAUAUAUGUGUGAAUAUUUACAUUUUGAUGAGAAUCAUGUUGAAAGUCCAGAUAGAAUAAGAUGUAUACUCAAAGCAUUAAAAGAAAAAAAUAUAAUUAAUAAAAUGGUUCAGAUAAAAUGCAGAGAAGCUUUGUAUGACGAAAUUAAAGAAUGCCAUACAAGAGCUCAUAUUAAUAAUAUAUUUUAUUCAUUAAAAAAAAAAUUGAAAUAUAAAAAACAAAAUGUUAUUUACCCAUUUGAUAAACAUGAUACUUAUUACACUUUUCACACUGGGACUGUUUCAAAAAGAGCAGUUGGUGGACUUUUAAAUUUAUGUGAUGCUAUAUUGUCAGAUAAAAAUGAAAAAUUUAAAUACAUUGAUUUUAAAAAAUCGCUUCGUUAUAAUUAUAAUUUUUUUAAAAAUAAUUUUCCUGAUAACUUAAAGAAAUGUAUAGGAAGAAAUAUUAAUCAUAGCACACAUUUAAAACGAUCAAAAUCUGAUAGCAAUUUAUCUUCACUGAAAAAUUCACGACGUAAUUCUUUCCUUAAUAAUAAUAACAACCCUAAAUUUAAUACCAAUAACUAUGCGAAUUAUAGUGACAAUUUCUUAAUUAAAGAAGGGAGGAACAAAUUGCCAAAAAAGAAAAAAACAUCAUGCUAUUCUUAUAAAGCUAUGUGUGAAAAUUUUAAGAAUAAUAUAGACACUUCUUAUACCCAAAAUUUAGAACACUCUCAGGAAUAUUUUCCUAAUUUUAAUAAUAAAGCAAAAUUAUAUAACAGUGAUUCGAGUAAUAAUAAUAAUAAUAAUGCAUAUACAGAUGAUGUAGGAAUUGAAACACACCAAGUGGCGCCGUUAAAUUCUUCCGAAAAUCACCUAUUCAACGAAUCUAAAAAUAAUAACAAAUUCAAAAAAAUGAGAAGUUAUUCAACUACAAUAUGCAAUAUAAAAGAUAGUGAUAGUAAUAAUAUAAAUCAUAUUUCUGAAAUAAAAUGCGGAUUUGCUGCUAUUAGACCCCCUGGACAUCAUUGUAGUAGAAAUAAUCCAUCUGGAUUUUGUAUUUUUAAUAAUAUAAGUGUCGCUUGUAAAUAUAUAUAUAUUAAAUAUGGAAUAAAAAAAAUUUUUAUUUUUGAUUGGGAUGUACAUCAUAAUAAUGGAACACAAGAAAUAUUUUAUAAUGAUAAAAAUGUUUUAUGUUUUUCUAUACAUAGAUUUGAUUCGAAUAAAAAAACCAAAAAAAGAAAAAGCAAAGAAAUAAAUAAGGGGAAAAAUGCAAAAAAAGAUUCUUCUGUAUAUAAUCAAAAAAACGAAAAAAAAAAAAAAAAAACUAUCCGUGCAAACACAACUAGCAAUAUUAGUACUGCUGAGAGUGUUGCUACAACUGCAAACCUUAAUAACUAUAAUAAUAUUAUUAAAAAAAAAGGAAAUAAAAAUAACAAAAAUGAAAAUGUAGAAAAUGGCAUAGAUUCUUAUAACUCAUCAUCUGCUAAUUCUGUUACAAAUAAGAAAAAGAAAAAAAAACCUAAAAAAAAAAAAGCAAAGAAAUCACGUACAGCAACUGAAGAAAAUGGAUUUUAUCCACGAACAGGUGCUAAAAGUGAAUUGGGAGAAAAAAAUGGAUAUAAAUUUAAUAUUAAUGUACCUUUAGAAAAAGGUUAUAACAAUUGCGAUGUAUAUUAUGUUUUUAAAUAUUUAUUAUUGCCAAUAUUACAAGCAUUUCAGCCUGAAUUUAUUUUUAUAUCUUCGGGUUUUGAUGCUUCAAUUAAAGAUCCGUUAGGAGAAUGUAACUUAACUCAUACUCUAUAUGAAUGGAUGACACUACAAUUAAAAAAAUUUGCAAAAAUUUAUUGUGAAGGGCGAAUAAUAUUAGUUUUAGAAGGAGGCUAUAAUUUAAAUUAUUUGCCAAAAUGCACAUUGGCAUGUUUAAAAGCUUUAAUUAAGAAAAACAUAAAAAUACCAAAGCAAGAAGCAGCACGCAGUAAUAAUAACAAUGGUGGUAAUAAUAUCAUGCUUAAUAACCAUACAAAUGAGGAAGAUAAGAAUAACAAGGAAACUAAUCAUAAUAAUAAUGACAAUAAUAAUGACAAUAAUAAUGACAAUAAUAAUGAUAAUAAUAAUAAUGAUAACAAUAAUAAUAAUAACAAUAAUAAUAAUAACAAUGAUUCACAAGAAAGUCAGUUCAAUUUAGAAAAAGAUGACCUUUCUGACAAGCCACUUUAUACGUUUACAAACGAAAAUACCGAUACACAUGCAGAAAAUGAUAGCGAAUCUCAAUUAACUAAAACUCAAAAGAAUGUUACCAUAAAUAAUGAUAACACAAGUUCAGUGAUAAAUAAAAUGAAUGAAAUAACCUCAACUUUGGAAAAUGAAAAAUUAAUAAAAUUAAAAAAUGUUUCAAGAGAAUUUUUAAAUACAUAUGACCAUGAAAAUUUUUAUAAAUUUAAUAAUUUAGAAAAUUAUCCAAAAAAAAGUGAUAAAAUAUUCAAUUAUUAUUGUGAAAAUCCAUAUCCUAGUAAUAAAAAAAAAAAAAAAAAAAUAUUUACUCGAGGAAAACUUCAUUAUUCUACUUAUAAAGUUAUUAAAUACUUUUUAUGUAUAUUAAAAGGUGAACCAUAUUAUUUAAAUGUUAAUUUACCACCUUAUAAUAAAUUUGUUAAAAAAAAAGGAUUAGAAAAUGAUUCUUCAUCAAAUCUUGGUCAUAAAAUAAAUCUAUGUAAUGAAUUAUAUAACUCAUCUGAUGAUAAUAGUUAUGGAAAUGAAAUUUUGAGUGGAUAUGCAAAAAAAAAAAUUAAAGAAUUAAACAUGCACAAUCAACAAGCCAAAAAAACAAAUUCAUUAUCACCAUCAUCAUCAUCAUCUAACAUUUCAAAUAGUGACUUAUAUUUUUCAAAUGAUGAUCUAGAUGAUACUGAAACCAAUUCGGAUAGUAAUCAUUAUAGUAUGCAAAAAAUUAUUACACUCAAUCAGCUUAAAUCAAGAAUAAAUAGUACUAUUAAUAAUAGCAAUAGAAAUAAAAACAAUAAAAAUAAAACUCAAAUAAAUGAAAUGGAAUUUUCCAAUUCUAUUAAUAAUAAUUUUGAAAAAAACAAUGAAUUUUAUGACUUGACAAAUUAUAUUGAUAACGAUUUUUUAAUUAAUAUGAGUAAUAAAAAAAAUGAAAACAAAUCAGAAGAAAAUUUGCAUAAACAAACUAUUGCUAACAAUUUAAAAAAUCAAGAUAAUUACCAAAAUUAUGAAAUUUCAAAUGUAUCAAAAUAUAAUGGCAUACAUAGUUAUAUUAAUGGAGACUUAACAAAUAUUAAAUAUAAUCAACGUCAAUUACAAAAUUCAUUUGCAAUGUAUACACAAAGUAAAAAGGGAUAUAUAUUUUUUUAUGGAAGUGGUCAUAAAAAUCAAUGGGUAUUGCCUGUAAAUAAAAAAUUAACCAAAAUAAUAAAACUAUGCUCAAAGUCAGAAGCCUUUUUUUAUGCAUGGUUAUAUCUAUGCUGUGAUAAAAAAAUUCCCAUUACAAACACACAAGAAAAUUAUUCUUCAAUAUUAGAAGAUAAUAUAACUGUUGAAGGAGCAAAAUUAAAUAAGUACUUUUCUGACCAAGAAAUAAAAUUAGGUAAAGAGCUUCUCAAAUUUACUGUUCCAUGUUAUCAAGUUUUUUUAGAAGAAAAUCAACUCAUGCAAUUGGGUCGGGUAGAAGAAAUGUAUGAAUCUCUAGAUGAAGCAGAACGAAGUGAAAUAAAAUCAGAAAAUAAUAAUUCAUACCAGUACAAUGAGCAUAGUAAUAAUGCUAGUGGCAAUAAUGCUUCGAGUACAAAUAGUAUGAACGUUAAUAAAUAUAUAACAUAUGAUUCACAAAGCAAUUCUGAUACGAAAGAAAAUGACACUCCAAAAGAACCAGAAUUUUAUGAAUCAAAAACAAUGAUGAAUGAAAAUAUAAAUUAUGAAAAAGAGAGAAAUGAUUUUUUUGAUGUAAUUGAAGAAAACAAAGAAGAUGAUCAAGAUAGGGAAAAAGAAAAUUGUGAAGAUAUGAAAAAAGAAAAUUGUGAAGAUAUCGAAAAGGAAAAUGGUGAGAAUAAUUCUGUCCCUAUAAAUAUUGAUAACAAUAAUGAUCUAAUAAAUGAUACAUAUGAAAAUAAAAAUCAUUCAAAUAAAAAUCAUUCAAAUAAUAAUUCGUUUGAAAAUAAUAAUGAUUACAUAAAUUUAAUAAAUAAAAAUAAUGAUCUAAAAAAAAAAAUAUAUGGAAAUGAUUUUAAAACAGCUAUCUGCUUACGCAAUGUAUUAAGCUCUAUGAGACACCCAUGUGCUAUGGAUAUAAAGAUGGGAAUAAAAUUAUAUGGUGAUAAUUGUGAUGAAGAAUCAAUACAAAAAAAAAUUGAAAAAGCGAAAAAUAGAUCUUGCUUAUCACAUGGAUUCCAUUUAACUAGUUUAAUAGGAUGGUGUAAAAAAAAAAAACAACCAUUUUUUAUAUCAAAAGAAGAUGCACAUUUAAUAAAAGAUGACGACAAAUUUGUCGAAGCUUUUUUAUCAUAUUUCUUAGCAUGCGAUAAUAUACAACUAUCCGUAUUUUUAUUAAAAAAAAUUCUUAUAAUAUUAGAACACAUGAAAUUAUUUUUUGAAAAUCAAUCUUAUUUUGCUUUUUGUGGAUCAAGCUUAUUGUUUGUCUUUGAUUCGGAUCCUUCAAAAAGUCAAUCUGAAGAUAAAAAUAAUGACGAAAAUAUUAACAACUAUGAUAAUUCAAAUAUCGAAAAUAGCAAUGAUGAUAAUGAUAACAAUUUUACAUUUGAACAAGAAACAGAUAAAUCAGAAAGUAGUAAAGAACACGAUGAUUAUUAUCAAGAAGAGGAAAAAAAAACAUAUGACGAAAUAUUUAAUUUUAGCGAUUACAUUCAAAAACAAUUUGAGGAAUCUCUAACUACAGAAGAAAAAAUUGCUUAUAUGGAUUCAAAGUUAAAUGCUAAUGUUUUAAAAAGUGCCGGUGUCUACAUAAUUGAUUUUGCUCAUGCAAGCUUAGAUAAGAAGGAACAAGAUCAUGGAUUUUUAUUGGGAAUAACUUCUCUUCAUCGCAUAAUAAUCAAAACUAUUGAAAAAGUAAAAGCCUUGAUUUGA